AUGGAUGAUGAUGAUGACUCGUGUCUCCUUGAUCUUAUUGGAGACCCACAGGCAUUGAACUAUUUUCUACAUGGACCUAGUAGCAAAUCUAGCUCUGACGACUUGACUAAUGCAGGAUAUUCUGCAGCCAACUCAAAUUCAAUUUUCGCCAACUCUAGCAACGCUGAUCCUAAGUCAUCCCUCAAAGGUGUGAGCAACCAGCUUGGAGAAGGAUCUAGUGAUGGACUCCCACUUUCAAGUAGCCUUCAGUUUCUUGAAGAUGAACUUGAAUCUUCUCCUCUUCCUGACCUCAGUGAGGACCAACCUUUUGACAUUCUCCAGAAGUCCUUGCAGGAGGCCAAUAUCACCGAACAGACUUUGGCAGAAGAGGCUUAUCUGGACGCCAGUAUAAGUUCUAGCCAACAGUUUGCACAAGCUCCACUUCAUCCUUCUUCCUCAGCAUCCUUUACUCAGGCUUCUAAUGUUUCUAAUUACUCAGGUCAGACGCUGCAGCCUAUAGGAGUGACUCACGUGCCUGUUGGAGCAUCAUUUGCAAGCAAUACAGUGGGUGUGCAGCAUGGCUUCAUGCAACAUGUGGGGAUCAGUGUGCCCAGCCAGCAUUUGUCCAAUAGCAGUCAGAUCAGUGGUUCUGGUCAAAUACAGCUCAUUGGUUCAUUUAGCAAUCAGCCUUCCAUGAUGACCAUUAAUAACCUAGAUGGAUCUCAGAUCAUACUGAAAGGCAGUGGGCAGCAAGCAUCCACAAAUAUGAGUAGUGGACUCCUGGUUCACAGACAAACUCCUAAUGGCAACUCAUUGUUUGGAAACUCCAGUUCAAGUCCAGUAGCACAGCCUGUAACCGUUCCAUUUAAUAGCACAAAUUUUCAGACAUCUUUACCCGUGCAUAACAUCAUUAUACAGAGGGGCCUUGCACCAAAUUCAAAUAAAGUCCCAAUUAAUAUCCAGCCAAAGCCUAUUCAAAUGGGUCAGCAAAACACAUACAAUGUGAACAAUUUGGGGAUUCAGCAGCACCAUGUGCAACAAGGGAUUCCUUUUGCACCUGCAAAUUCGCCCCAGGGCUCUGUAGUGGGUCCCCAUAUGUCUGUAAACAUUGUGAAUCAACAGAACACAAGAAAAUCAGUUGCCUCACAAGCAGUGAACAGCACGGGGGGUAGUAUUGUCAUCCACUCACCCAUGGCACAGCCUCAUGCACCCCAAAGUCAGUUCCUCAUUCCCACAAGCCUCUCUGUCAAUUCAAACUCAGUACACCAUGUCCAGACCAUCAAUGGGCAACUUCUUCAGACUCAACCUUCCCAGCUGGUGUCUGGUCAAGUGGCUUCCGAGCAUGUCAUGUUGAACAGGGGUUCUUCUAAUAUGCUCAGGACCAACCCGUCCUAUUCGGGGCAAAUGCUGAACAGCCAGAAUCCUGCCGUCCAGCUCGUGUCUGGGCAGACAUUUACAACAUCUGGGAACCAAGUGAUAGUCAAUCACACACCUUCUCAGAUUGUUGGUGGACAGAUGCCCUUGCAGCAGGCGUCACCAACUGUGGUGCAUUUAUCUCCUGGCCAGAGCAGUGUGUCUCAAGGAAGGCCAGGCUUCCCAGGACAGUCUGCUGUCACUAGUGUGUCUGCUCCUGGUCGGUUCACGGUUGUCAGCUCCUCCAGCACAGCCCUUCCUAACCUGGGGCCCUCGGUCCAGUCAGCCACAUCUGCAACAAACUUUAAUGGAGACCAGCUCCCCCAGCCCAACCGAACUCCUGGCUCAGCCAGUAUGUCUCAUCGUCUUCCAGUUUCCUCAUCCAAAUGUACUGGCACCUUCAGUAGCACCCCGGGAGCAGGGACCCAGCCCCAGGUCUCCUUUUGCCAGGCUCAGAAAAAAAGCUUGAACCAGACUUCCCCCGUUUCAACUUCCAAGACCCCAGAUGGCUUGAGGCAAACGCAAAUAACUGGUCUCUUGAGUAACCCAUUGCCAGGACAGGAUUCUGGGAGCAAAGUUAUACAACCACCUUUAGGAACACCACAGCCACAACAGGACAAAGGAAUGGGGUCAUCGCCAGGACAACAAAAUAUUCAGGUGGAUAGUCAUACAAUGGGACAAAAGAGGCCUGCUGCAAAACAACUAACUAAAGGAGCUUUUAUUCUCCAGCAGUUACAAAAGGAUCAAGCCCAUGCUGUGACGCCAGAUAAAAGCCAGUUCAGGUCACUAAAUGAUGCGGUCCAGAGACUCCUUUCUUAUCAUGUGUGUCAGGGAUCCCUGCCAACUGAAGAGGAUUUGAAGAAAGUGGACAGUGAAUUUGAAUCCGUUGCCACUCAGCUACUCAAAAGGACCCAGGCUAUGCUUAACAAAUACAGAUGUCUGCUUAUAGAAGAUGCCAUGCGGAUAAAUCCUUCUGCCGAGAUGGUGAUGAUUGACAGGAUGUUUAAUCAAGAAGAAAGAGCUUCUCUGUCCCGAGAUAAGCGCCUGGCCCUUGUAGAUCCCGAUGGUUAUCAGGCCGAUUUCUGUUGUUCCUCCAAACAACUAGAUAAAGCCACAGAAGAGAUCCAUUUUGGCAGGAGUGACCAGCAUGGUGGCAAAGCAUCAAGCUCUCUGAACCUGGCAGCGGCCGCCAAGGUCCAAAGCAGAGACCGAGCCAAACUAGGUGUGGCAGAACCAGCAAAUCCUGACCAGCCUCAUAUAGUGCCUAACCACAUUAUGGUCUCCCCAGGAGGAAAUAGUUCUAAAAAAACAGAAUGCCUUGGCAAAAGCCUGAAGUUUGACAAGGCAGGUACAGUCCAGUUUGGGGGCACAGCUGAAGAGAAGGUAGUCAGGAAAGACUCCGCCAGGGGGAGUGAAUGCUCUCCAGGCUCCGAGGGGCCCCUGAAAACCUCAACCAGACUAGAUCAUGGUAUGGACAGCCAACGAUCAAGUAACACUGUUGAACCUCACUCAGAGGGGACAUGUAACAAUUCCCUUCAAGACAAAACCCUGAGGAAUUCUCCAAAGAAUGAGGUUCUACACACAGAUAUCAUGAAAGGGUCGGGUGAGCCCCAACCAGAUCUCCAACUCAGUAAGAGUUUAGAAACAACAUUCAAAAACAUCUUGGAACUCAAAAAAUCUGGGAGGCACCUCCAAACUGAUAUGGCCGGCAGCGGUUCCAUCGAGUUAGAUUUCCCCAACUUUUCCCCUAUGGCAUCGCCAGAAAAUUGCCUGGAAAGGUUCAUGCCGGACCCCAGUGAAGGUGGUGUAGAAACUGACUCCAUUUUAGAAGCAGCUGUAAAUAGUAUCCUCGAGUGUUAAUAGAAACAGUCCCCUGGGCAAAUUAACGUUCUCUCCUAGCAAGAACGAAUGGAAAGCAUCCCCUAACUCCAGCCAGCCUGAUCUUUCAUCACAGGUCACCCUUUUAAACUCAAUCCUGUUCUGUGUUUGAGAGCAAUACUUGUCGUGGUUACAGGGAGAUAACCAGUAAAGCUCAUCUUUGUUAGAAAGCAGUCUCAUAGGCCCUACACAUCUCAAGUGUCAGGAUAGUGCUUAUGGCCGGUUUUUUUGUUUUGUUUUAUUUUAAAAGAAGAAAAAACACUGUAACUCAAUGAGAUCACAGUCCACUAGGCCCGAAGUAAAAUGCUGACAAUCACACAUCAUAUGAAAAAAAUACUUAUAAAAAAAAAUCAAACAAGACCAAUAGAAGCUGCUUUUGUUUUUAGUCCCAUCCAUAUCUCUGUUUGAGUUCUUUGCUUUUCGGGGGGGUAGAGAAAGGGAAACCCUACAACCUCACUCCCAGAGGCCCUCUUGAAGCAGUAGAUUUCUGGCUGAGAAUCCCUGAGCUUUGUGGGAAAAAAGUCUGCGCAGGAGCAGCAGGGCAUUGCAGGGCUCCCUCCGUCAUCGUCGUCGUCGUCGUCGUCGUCGUCAUCAUCAUCCAGCGCUUUUCUAGGGUGCCUGGAACAAAACUUCCUGCUUCAUGGUAUGUCUGUAGCUGGUGAAUUUCAUCUAAGUUGCACUCUGUCACGAUAGCAUGAUUUGACUGAAUAAUGUGAGGCUAAGUAGACUGAAAAAUCUUAAGUGCAAAGUGUACAGGGGAGGGAGGCCAUGAUAGAGCCAUGAAUAUUAUAUAUGUGUAUAUAUAUAAAUGCAUAUAUAUGUUAACUAUUGAGAAAAAAGUUUUGCAUUUUAUAAUUGGAUAUAACCUAAAUCUUUAUGAUGUGGUAUGUUUUUGUUUGAGUUUUUUUUAUUUUGUUUUUAAAACCAACCCUAUCCCUAUCCCCCUCCAAGUGUCAAAAUGCACUUUCAUUUGAAAACAGUGUUAUAAUUUUUUAGUUUAUAUUUUGAGGGGACUUUAGCCUUGUUUAUGAUUGUUGCUGUCAAAAAUUACUGGUUGCCCCUAGUAGCAAUUACAAUUACCAAAACACAAACAGACCAAAGUGAACCAGCUCAAUCCACUGUUGAAAGAUCUAAAAAAUAAGUAAUUCCCAGUUAUAGAGCCAAAGGAUGCCCUUUGAUGGUUUGUAUUGGCCAGUGUUCAUGUUGAUGAUGAUAAGACUCUUCUUGCUUUAUUUAUUUAUUUUCUUCUUCUAGCUUGUUCAUUUUUCUCAUUUCCCUUCCCCAGAGCAUGCCACUUUUGUUAUUUUUGUCUUUGAUGCUGUUGUACCUAUCAGUUUUUCAACUGUUGCUGAAACAGCUGUAUGAAAAAAUGCUCACAUAUAUAUAAUAUAAACACAUACACGCAUAUAUGUAUAUAUGCUUGUUCAGAACCGGAGACCUUUCAUGAUGACAGCAGUGUGCUCUCCCUCUUCUCUCUCUCCUCUUUCUUUCCUUCCUAAUGACUGUUGUUUUCUCUCUUUACAUGCGCAUCCUCUAGCCUUCGCUUUAUCAUUUGUUGCCAAGAUCCCAGACCUGCCCUCUGUUCUCACUAGGGCAGAGGCAGCCCAUUAUUCUCCUACUGGGCAUUUAUCAUUUAGAGUGACCUGAAAGAGAAAGGAGGGCCUCUGACCAUGUUAAAAGCGCUGCAGCCCGUACUUCAUGGAAGAGAGUAACUGCUUCUCUCCUCUUACCUUCUCUUCUCCUCCACUUUAACUAGCCUGUGAUAAAGGUAGUGGUCCUCAUAGACUCAAUGGGCCAUUCUCCCCCUGCCCCCCAGCCCCGCUACAUAACCAGAAAUCGGAAGAUCUAGGUUGUUUAGGGAUUGCCAUUUUUUAAUCAUUUGUGCCAAUAUCCAGGAUGUGAAUUGUCACAGCUCAACAUUCCCCAGACCUCACCAAUGUAACAUAUUAGACUGAGUUGGUAUAUUGCCAGUUUGAAAUUUCUGUUUGGGCACCAUUCUCUUAAGAUCCCCCUCUCACAUCACCUCACUCCAAGCCUCCAACUUCUCCAACUCCUCUUCGGAAUUAGGCUACCUUCGUUUCCAGCAGGACUCUUAAUGAUGAGCUGGCAUAUCAGACUCCACUCUUUACUGUGGGGCCCCUCUAUAGAAGCCAGUAAAGUAGGCUUGCCAAAAGUUCCUAGGAAUCAGUAGCAUUCUUAGAGUUAAGCCUUCUUAUGGGACUCUAUACCCAUGAACCACUUUCCUUCUUCUCUUAAUCACAACCCCCAUGCCACCCUGACCCCAGCUGCUCCAUAUUUUUUCUUUUAUAGGGUUUAAGAGCCCUAAUAUUUGUCUAGCAGAUGGAGAGCUUAAUUUACCAAAAUGAAACUUGUAAAUUUUUGUGUCCUAUGUGUAAGUUUACUUUUUAUGGACGAUGGAUUCCUGAUAAUGACGAAGAUUACAAAGUGUAUUUUACUCUUGUCGGAUUA